CAAAAAGCGAAAGCACAUUGUUUUUUAAGUUCCCCUAUCGGCGAGCCGAAGAAUGGCCUCCGCCGGAGGACCGGUCGCCGGCCGCGGCCCGCAGCUGUACUUCUGCUAUCAGUGCGAACGGACGGUCACUCUCACGCCGUCGCCUAACUUCGACCUUCUCUGUCCGUCCUGCAACGGAGGCUUUCUUGAAGAAUGGGAACAAGAUCGUAGCCCUAACCCUAAUAACCCAGGUCUCGACUCUCUUGAUCCUUUCUCUGCCUUCCCGGACCCCCUCUCUGACUUCCUCACUGGACUGCCUCUCCUGUUAUCGUCUUCCUCGUCGACUUCCCUUGACCUUCAAAACCCCAGCGCCUUCUCGAACAUUUUCGACCAACGUAGGGCAUUGCCUCUUUCACAAGACCCGGAAAGGUUCGAUCCCUAUGCCUUCUUGCAGAACCACCUCGCCAACCUCGUUGCCGGCGGGGCCAACAUCGAGUUCAUGAUCGCCAAUCAGCCGUCGGACCAAGGGUUUCGCCCGCCUCUCAACCUCGGCGACUACGUCGUCGGCCCCGGCCUCGAGCAGUUGAUCCAGCAACUGGCGGAGAACGAUCCCAACAGAUACGGAACCCCACCGGCUGCAAAGUCCGCGAUCAAGGCGCUUCCCAGAGUAACCGUGGACGACGAAUUGUUGAGCUCUGAUUUGGCUCAGUGUGCUGUGUGUAAAGAUGACUUUGAGCGCGAUAUGGAGGUCAAGCAGAUGCCUUGCAAACAUGUAUACCAUCCUGAUUGCAUUGUUCCGUGGUUGGAAUUGCAUAAUUCGUGCCCGGUUUGUCGGUAUGAGUUGCCGACGGACGAUCCUGAAUACGAAAACCCUGCUCCGGGUUCAACUGGUUCAGGAAAUCCAACCGCAGGUUCGGGCAGUGACGCUGGAACAUCUGAAGGAAGCUCUCCGGGGCAGCGGACAGUGGAGCGGAGGUUUAGAAUAUCCUUGGCGUGGCCUUUUGGGUCUGCAGGUUCAGGUGCUGGUGGAGGAUCAAACACUGGUGGUCAGCAAAACCGGGGGAUGGGGUCAGAAAGGCAAGAGGAUCUCGAUUGAGCUUCCCAGCUCGCUCCUUGUGUGGUAAAAGGAUAUUUCGUCAAGAUAGUCCAGUUGUAAAAAAGGAAUCGCAGAGGGAUUAUGCCGACAAUGAAGGCUGACAAAACAAUUUGGUUAUGUAAAUCAUACAAUGGUUUCCAUAUGUUCCAUCAGUUUGAUGAGAAUUUUCUGUAUUGUUUUGUAUCUUGUCUUGGGAUAUUUGUUCUGUUCUUACAUAUAAUCUCUGAGAUGUUUUCGGUA